UUCAAUGUUAGCUUUAUGGCAGCAAUAGUUCUCUUCUUCACCCGAAAGGAAGGAGAAUUGCCUGGUUUUUGUCUUCCUCUUAUGAAAGCAAACUCCUGAUUGUGUGUUCACCAAAAAACAAGCCUUUUCUUUUAGUGAUGAGAGCGCCAACAACUGGAAAUAAGGAAGAAAGAAACAAUUAGAAGAGUUUGGAAAGGGGAAAAAACAGAAAGAAAACAAUCUGUAACUUCUAGCUAUAUCAAUCUUUUCUCUUUCAAAUGUCAAAUAUUACAGGUGAUGAAGGAAGCUUCUCUUCAGGAAAUACUGGGGAAGAAGUUCAUCAAGAAAAGCAGCAACAACAGCUACCACACAACCUCCAUGGCUCAAGCUCAGCAGCUCCUGGUGCCCCUAACAGCAAUAGCUCUUCCUCCCAACAGCAACCUGCUGUUAAGAAGAAAAGGAAUCUUCCAGGAACUCCAGAUCCGAAAGCUGAAGUAAUUGCUCUAUCGCCAACAACACUAAUGGCAAGAAACAGAUUUGUGUGUGAGAUUUGCAACAAAGGGUUCCAGAGGGACCAAAACCUUCAGCUGCACAGAAGAGGCCAUAAUCUUCCAUGGAAGCUCAAGCAAAGAUCGAGCACUGAGGUUAGAAAACGGGUCUACAUAUGCCCUGAGCCUUCAUGUGUUCACCACAACGCGGCUCGUGCAUUAGGAGACCUUACAGGCAUCAAAAAACACUACAGCAGGAAACAUGGAGAAAAGAAAUGGAAAUGUGACAAGUGCUCAAAGAAAUAUGCCGUGCAAUCGGAUUGGAAGGCUCAUCAAAAGAGCUGCGGCACUAGAGAAUACAAAUGUGAUUGUGGAACCAUCUUUUCCAGGAGAGAUAGCUUUAUCACCCACAGGGCCUUUUGUGAUGCAUUAACAGAGGAAAACAACAAAGUAAACCAGGGAGCACUAAUGAACAACAUUGGAUCAAGCAGCUUAUUACAGACACAAAUGUCCGAUCAGCUUAUUAUGUCAUCAUCUCUGCCCAUGAACACCACCACCAACACAUCCAUUGGAACAUCAGAAAUUGACAAUUUAGACCCCAAGAAUCCCCUCAAAUCCCUCUCUCAUCAAGAAGCAAAUAAUAUCCCAAUGUCAUUUAAGUCCAUGAACAUGGCAGGUGGCAUGUUCUCAACCAGCUCAGGCACUCUCUUUGGCGGUCCAAGGACCUCCUCUUCUUCAAGCCUUCAGCUCAGUUCAUCCAACGGCUCCUCUUCCUUCAAUUACCUCCAAGACAGCAAAAAUGGCUGCCAAGUAUCCGGAUCUGCUCACAUGUCAGCAACAGCCUUGUUACAAAAAGCUGCACAAAUGGGCGCCACAGCAAGCAAUACCAUAAACUCUCCAAUGAUGCAAAAGAGCUUUGUUAGUAGCAUGGUCGGUCCAGGUGGCAUUCAUCAGCCCUCAUAUGAGCACUUCCAACCACAACCGCCCGAUCAAUCAAACAUGGUUGGUCCGAUGACGAUGAAUGGUGGCAGCGGAGGAUUCACCAACCAGCUCUUGCAGAAAGGCCAACAAGAUAUCUCUCAUCUCUUUCAUGCUAAUAAUGACAUGUAUAGUCAUUUCAUGCAAAAAGAUGAUAGCAAUAGUUCUUCUAGCCUCAUACAUGCAAGAACCGCAGUGGAAAUAAGCUCGGCAGGGAGGCUUGUGGCAAGUGGUGGAGGAAAUAAUACAAUGACACUUGAUCUCUUGGGGAUUGGAGGAUCAUCAAGGCCUGUGAAUUUGCAUGAUCAUCAGCAGCAGCAAAGGUUGGAAUUGGAGGCGUUGAUGGAGCCAGCAAAGGUUGCUAAUUAUGAAUCCUUUCCAACAACAACUCACACGUGGGGAUUUAGGAAUUGAAAAGUCCAUUUGGGAUGUUGUAGAGCAGUCCAAGGAAGAGCAUUCAUGUUUCUUGCACGUUGAGAUCGAUUGGGCUAUACCCAAUUUAGCCAUUAAUGUUAAACAUGAGCCUGAGUUUUUUAGUUCA